AUGGUGUCACUCUGGGGAAGUAAUCGGAACAACCCACGGACAACAGAAGAAGGACAAGGUCAUUCAAAUCCUCAACAUGAACACCAAGAACCUGAUGAGCGCACACGGUUGAUAUCUCGCGGUGCUCCGAACGAGGGGUAUCGAUACCUGAGUCCCGAUGAUCCAGCUGUAUCCCCAUACAACCUCUGGAGCGUCCGCGCCCUCCGCUUUUUCACCUGCCUCUUCCUCGCCAUCAGUUUCGUCUGGUGGGUCUUCCUCCUUGUAUCCAUCUUCGUCAGUCCACCAUUGAUAUACAACCGCGGCUCCGGCUUUACGGAUUUCUCAUACACAACCUUGACAGUCGGAAACCUGAUUGUGAGCCUUUUGUUUUUCACGAUUCCGUCAAAACCGAUGAUUAUGUGGAAUGUUGUGCUGGCGCUGUUGUUGUUGGUGGAUAUGAUUAUUAUUCUUGCUGUGCCCAGGAUCAGGCUUGAGGAGGGUUGGGUGGGGAUUGCGUCUAUUGUGUGGGCGGUUGUGAUUUCGGUGUAUAAUGUUGUGCAGGUAUAUUUCGUGGAGAAGGGGAAGGAAGAAGAGGAAGAGAGAUUGACCGGGCGUGUGGAGACGAGACGAUCGCUGUUCGAAUGGGUAUCUGUGUUUGUCGAGACUAUUGUGUUGGGUAUUAUCGCUGUGGUCGCUAUUCUGCUUACUGCAACGCUCAUUCUACGUGCAAGCGAUGCCAGUUUGGAGGCCCCCGGAAAGCGGUAUUUGGUCAACAAUAGGAAAUUCGAAGUCCAUCUCGCAUGCGUGGGAAAUAUCACCAAUCCAGAUGGCAAAACGCCGACGAUUCUGGUCGAAGCCGGCGAAACCCCAUCUGAACAAUCACUUCUACCAUUCAUUCACAACGCAUACUGCAACGGCACAAUAGAUCGGUACUGCUACUGGGAUCGACCUGGCUUUGGGUGGUCCGACAACGCUCCUUCACCUCAUUCAGCAGGUAUGGCUACCGACGCUUUGUCCGAAGCACUUGCACUUGCAGGCGAAGAAGGACCCUGGAUUCUUGUCUCUGCUGGCGUGGGCAGUAUAUACAGCCGCAUCUUUGCCAGUCGUCAUAUCCACGAUGUCAAGGGCUUGUUCAUGAUCGACCCAACCCACGAAGAUCAACUACAACAGAUUGGAAAACCAGGUCGAGGCUUUGUCCUCUGGGGUAGGGGAAUAAUCUCACCUCUUGGCCUGGACAGAUUAGCAGGCGCAAUCUUCAAGGGCCGUACUCGCGAAGAGCGAGUCUAUGGCAAAGCCUCUUAUCAAAACGGGAAAUAUAUAAAAGCCAAACUGCAAGAAAACCUGGUCGCGGAGAGUAUGACUUCCAGCGAGAUUGCCAGCGCGAAAAACAUUCAAACACCCGAUACACCGUUGGUGGUUGUCAGUUCCGGAGUGGAAGUACGCAAAAACGAGAAAUGGGCAAGGCAGCAGGAGGAGAUGACGAAGAUCACAGACAAUUUGGUGAGCUGGGAUGUUGUGAGGGGCGCAAACCACGAGGUCUGGACGAGUUGGGAGGGGAGAAAGGUUUUGGAGAGGAGGUUGGGGGAGAUUGUGAAGCAGGCUUGA